AGGGGGCAGCGGGCGAUGGCGGCGGCGGCGGGGCGGCUGGGCUGGCUGCUGGCUGCGCUCUGCCUGGGCCACGCCGCCGGGGAGGCGGCGCCGGGCCCGCGAGUGCUGGGCGUCUGCCUGGAGCAGGCCGGGGCCGCGGGCGCGGCGUGGGCGCGCGGAGGGGAGGUGCCGGCCGCGCCGGAGGCCACCUUCCGCCUGCGCCUCUUCGGCUCGGGCUUCGCCAACAGCUCCUGGUCCUGGGCGGCCCCCGAGGGGGCGGGUUGCCCCGAGGGCGGGCCGGCUGUGGUGCCCGGUGAGGCUACGGCCCCGACGGGCGAGUGGCGCGCGCUGUUGCGCCUGCGCGCCGAGGCUGAGCGCCCACAGUCGGCGCUGCUGGCGGUGCGCGGGGAGCCUGGCGGCACGGCUACCGGGAAGGCGGCGGCCCCCGCAGGCGAAUGGCGCGCGCUGCUGCGCCUGCGCGCCGAGGCCGUGCGCGCGGAGCUGAGCAGCGAGACGGCGGAGGAGGCGGCGCCGCCCUGGGUUCUGGGCCUGGGGGCGGCGGGGCUGCUGGCGCUGGCGGCGCUGGCACGGGGCCUGCAGCUGAGCGCGCUGGCGCUGGCGCCGGCCGAGGUACAGGUGCUGCGCGAAAGCGGCUCGGAGGCGGAGCGCGCGGCGGCGCGGCGCCUGGAGCCGGCGCGGCGCUGGGCGGGCUGCGCCCUGGGCGCGCUGCUGCUGUUGGCCAGCGUGGCUCAGGCGGCGCUGGCGGUGCUGCUCUACCGCGCGGCCGGCCAGCGCGCCGUGCCCGCGGUGCUGGGCAGCGCGGGGCUCGCGUUCCUGGUGGCCGAAGUGCUGCCGGCCGCCGUAAGCGGGCGCUGGACGCUGGCUCUGGCUCCGCGCGCGCUGGCGCUCAGCCGCCUGGCGGUGCUACUCACCCUGCCGGUGGCCUUGCCGGUCGGGCAGCUGCUGGAACUGGCGGCGCGGCCCGGGCGGCUGCGCGAGCGCGUGCUGGAGCUGGCGCGAGGUGGUGGCGACCCCUACAGCGACCUCAGCAAGGGCGUGCUACGGUGCCGGACGGUGGAAGACGUGCUCACGCCGCUUGAGGAUUGCUUCAUGCUGGACGCCCGCGCCGUGCUGGACUUCGGCGUCCUGGCCAGCAUCAUGCAGAGCGGCCACACGCGCAUACCCGUUUACGAAGAGGAGCGCUCCAACAUCGUGGACAUGCUCUACCUGAAGGACUUGGCCUUUGUGGACCCCGACGACUGCACGCCGCUCAGCACCAUCACCCGCUUCUACAACCACCCGGUGCACUUCGUCUUCAACGACACCAAGCUGGACGCCGUCCUGGAGGAGUUCAAGCGAGGGAAGUCCCACCUGGCCAUCGUGCAGAAGGUGAACAACGAGGGUGAAGGUGACCCCUUCUACGAGGUCCUGGGCCUGGUCACCCUGGAGGACGUCAUUGAGGAGAUCAUCAAGUCCGAGAUCCUGGACGAGUCUGAGGACUACCGAGACAGCACGGCGCGGAGGCGGCCCACGUGUCUGAGCGCCCCUGUCAGGCGGAAGGAGGACUUCUCCUUGUUCAGGGUGUCCGAUGAUGAGCAUAAAGUGAAGAUCUCGCCCCAGCUGCUCUUGGCCACCCAGCGCUUCCUUUCUCGAGAGGUGGACGUGUUCAGCCCCCUGCGAGUGUCUGAGAAGGUCCUGCUGCACCUGCUAAGGCACCCCAGUGUCAACCAGGAGGUGAGGUUUGAUGAGAGCGACCGCCUGGCGGCACACCAUUACCUGUACCAGCGCAGCCGGCCGGCGGACUACUUCACCCUCAUCCUGCAGGGCAGGGUCGAGGUGGAGAUUGGGAAGGAGGGCCUGAGGUUCGAGAACGGAGCCUUCACCUACUAUGGCGUGUCUGCCCUGACACUGCCAUCCUCGGUUCACCAGUCCCCAGUGUCCUCGCUGCAGUCCCUCCUGCAGCCAGAACCCACCGACAGCACCCGCUCGUCCGCGUACUGUCCUGACUACACUGUGCGGGCCCUUUCCGACCUGCAGUUCAUCAAGGUCACACGGCUGCAGUACCUCAACGCACUCCUGGCCACGCGAGCCCAGAACAUGCCACCGUCCCCUGAGAACCCUGACCUCCAGGUCAUUCCAGGGAGCCAGACCAGGCUCCUCGGUGACAGGAUGGCCGCGGCAGCAGCCUUCCCAGUAGACCUUUCCCUCUUUGGCUCAUUUGGAAACUACAGUUGAUAAUUGUGGACUAGUGAGCGUUUUUUGUUUUAAGAAAACACCCAAGGGUCCAACCACAGCAGACCUGGCCUCCCAGCGGACGAGAGCCCUGGGCGAAACCCAGGAGUUUAACUGCUUGCCAGACAGCCCCGGGUCUGGGGACUAGACCAGCUCGUGGGGAACGGAGAGAGCCCAGUCGAGGAGUAGCUUCCUGCCAGCCUGUCCCGUUCCCUCCAGGCCAUGUUUUAGAUGGCCCUUCGAGUCGUGGGGCCUAGGCCGUCCUCGGAACCAGACGUCAGUGCCAGAAGCCUUCAGCAGGUCCUGCCUCCUCUAGGAUAUGGGGGUCAGCCGGGCACUGGCCUGCUUCUGAAGAGUGAAGGGACUACGGUCAUGUCCAGUCCUCGGGUCCAGCCUUCUCCUGGGGACAGUGCAGUGUCUGUACCUCCUCGGGCCCAGCUGCGAUGUGAGUGCACGAUGACUGCCUGUGUGUGGCCGUGACCUGUACUCUCUGUGUCUAGUCUGCCAGCCUGCUGCUGCGGCAGCACUUCUGAGCAAACCGAGAGCACGCCCAUGGCCUUGGCCACAGUGAACCUUGUGGCGUCCCUGACAAUGGUCUGUUUCUAAGCACGCCCCAGCCUGUCUCAUGUGCCAAACCUGGAAGCACGACACCCCCAAGUCUGUGCCACUAGUCCUGCUCCCUCCUGUGGAGGCGGCUUUUCUGACUUCUCCCAGAACUCUAAGCGAGCCAGCUGGCUCCCUGGGGACUAGGAGGUCCCUUCCUACUGCUCCUCUACCCGCCCUGCUUAGUUGUCACUUUGUGUUUUAACGAGGUCAUGUGUGGGACGAAGGGCUCUUUUGCUGCACCUAAACCUUCGUCGUCGUUGGAUCCGAGGGAGACCUAUGUCACACCUUCUCCUGUGCCUCCGUGACGUGCAUGGAGAGCACGAGGGAGGGAAGGGCUGUAAGGACCAGGUGGAUCACCAUCACCUUUCUUUAAAAAACAUGACAUCAGAGUUUUUCUGUCUGAAACAUUUUAAGCUCUGCCUUUUUCCUGUCCCUCACUCCGGGGUUUAGAGAAGUGAGAACAAGAAGGAAUUCCUUUUCUUCCGGUAAACCUCUAAUUACCCUCCACUGUUCAGCUGUAUAGAAGCUAGGGCCUCACGGGGACCUGGGAUCUUAGGUUAGAUACAGAAGGAGGAUUUCUGGAACUUUGCUCAACGGAAUCUGGGUCCUUCUGUGUAACCAGCAGGAAUGCAGGCCAAACAACAGCGGCCUGCUUGCUGAGAAGUUCUCAAGGGGUUCUCUUCAAGAGCAGAGUCCUAGGUGGGACACAGACAGCAGGUCUGCGAAUGACGUCAUUUUGUUAACGCUGUUGGGGAGCUGCGGGGGGAAUUUGCUGGUCACGUCAGUCACAUGUGGUCACAUUGGUUCACUAUAUGCCAUUUUGCUUCAAGUCGCAGGACCUGUUGAUGCUAAGUGAGAACUGACUACUAGAGAAUCAUCUCUCCAGACAGUGGUUCUUCACCUGGGCUGCACGUAGAAUCACCUGGCAAGUGAAACAUACCAGGCCCACCCCGGGGAGGGGCUAAUCAAUCAGUCUGAGCAUCAGAAUUGCUAUUUUUGAAGUAAUUUUAGAUUCACAGAGCGUUCCAGCUUCCCCUAAAGUUAACAUCUUACAUCACCUUGGUGCCUUUGUCAAAACUAAAAGGUUAACAUUGGUAUGAAACAACUCAAUUAUACUUCGUUUGGCUUUUUCCAGUUUUUCCAGUGUCCUUUUUCAGUUGCAGAAUCCAGUCCAGGAGACCAAGUUGCAUUCUGAGCUAUUCUUUUUUUCGUAACUUUUUAUUUUGAAAUACAGAUUCAUAGGAAGUUGCAAAGUUAGAGGUACCCUUCACCCUAUUUUCCUCAAUGGUUACAUCUUACAUAGUUCUAAUACAGUAUCAGCCAGGACUCGGAUGGGGGCACUGCGGGUGUAGUUCUGUAUCAUCUCGCUUUGGGUGAUCACCAACCACCAUAGUCGCAACACAGGACUGUCCCACCCCACCAGGAUCUCCCUCCCAACCACCCUUUAGAGCCACACCCACCCCUCCGGCUGCCAUCCCGAACCACUGAUCUACUCGUCAUCUCUAUGACUUUGUCAUUUUGGGAACUUUGUAUAAAUGGGAUCAUACAGUGUGUACCCACUUGGGAUUGGCUCUUCUCAGCGUAACGCUCUGGAGAUGCAUCCAGAUCGUUGCAUGUGUUGACCGUCAUCCCUUUUUGAUGUCUGCGUGAUACCCAUGGAGUGCUCGUGGGCCCGGUUAAUGGUAUCUGGAUGGUUUCCAGUUUUUGGCUGUCCCAAAUAAAGCUGCUAUGAACACUCGU